CUCCGCACGCUCACCGGCUGCGUGCUCUUUUCCCUGAUCGUCUCCACGCUCCUCGGGAACGCUCUGGUUUGCCUCGCGGUGAUCCGGUUCCGCCACCUCCGCUCCAAAGUCACCAACUCCUUCGUGGUGUCGCUGGCGGUGUCCGACCUGUGCGUGGCCGUGCUCGUGAUGCCGUGGCGCGCCGUGUCCGAGGUCUCUGGCACGUGGCUUUUCGGACGUUUCUGUGACACGUGGGUGGCUUUUGACAUCAUGUGCUCCACCGCGUCCAUCCUGAACCUCUGCGUCAUCAGCAUGGAUCGAUACUGGGCCAUUUCCAGUCCCUUUCGCUACGAGAGAAGGAUGACGCGCAGGUUCGCUCACCUGAUGAUCGGUGUUGCGUGGACGCUCUCCAUUUUAAUCUCCUUCAUCCCCGUGCAGCUCAACUGGCACCGUGUGCAAAACUCCACCUCAGCGAUGAACAUGUUGGACUGCAACACUCGCCUGAACCGAAGCUUCGCCAUCUCCUCGUCGCUCAUCAGCUUCUACAUCCCCGUGGUGAUCAUGGUGGGCACGUACACGCGUAUCUUCCGCAUCGCUCAGACCCAAAUCAGGCGCAUUUCGUCCCUGGAAAACGCCGCAGCGACGGCAGGACGAAACCCACGAAACCACCACCAUCGUGUUUCGACGCAGGAAGAGAGUUCUCUGAAGACGUCUUUCAAGAGAGAAACCAAAGUGCUGAAGACCCUCUCCGUCAUCAUGGGGGUCUUUGUGUUCUGCUGGCUGCCGUUCUUCGUGUUGAACUGCGUGGUUCCUUUCUGUGAUUCGCAGAGAGGAAGUGCGUGCGUCAGCGACACGACCUUCAGCGUUUUCGUGUGGUUCGGAUGGGCCAAUUCCUCCCUGAAUCCGGUGAUCUACGCCUUCAACGCAGACUUCAGGAAGGCCUUCUCCACGCUGCUGGGCUGCGGGAAGUUCUGCUCCAGUUCUGAGGUGCAGGCGGUGGACUUCAGCAACGAGUUGGUGUCCUACCGCCACGACUCCACCCUGCAGAAGGAAGUAGUUCCGGUUCCAGGUGUGCAGAGACAGGAAGUGAACUUCGACAAAGUCUCUGUCAUCUUUCAGUGUGAGGCAGAGAUCUGUCUGGACCUCAUGCCCUUCAACUCCUCCGGUCCCAACGACUGCUACCUGAUCCCGGGUCAGAUCCACGACCUGUAA